AUGCAGAUCGGCAAGACGCGCGUACGGCAACACGUAAACCCCCUACGUCGUGAGUUUCAGCAACCGACGGCGGCACCCGACUGGAGUGCCGUAUUCUCCGACCCCUCCUUACCCCUGGCGCUGGACAUCGGCAGCGGCUACGGCCGUUUUCUGUUGCUGCUACAGCGCAAUAACCCUGACCAACAAGUCAACUACCUGGGUCUGGAGAUCCGCCGUACGCUCGUGGACCGAUCCAACGAGUGGGUCAGUCGACUCGGACUCCAAGGUCGAGUGCAUUACCUGUUCAGCAACGCCACCGUCAGUCUGACGACACUGCUGGGCAGCUACCCCGGACCCAUCACCGACGUGUUCAUUCAGUUCCCUGACCCACACUUCAAGCGGCGCCACCACAAGCGGCGGGUGGUUCAACCCCAGUUAGUGACCGCGCUCCGGGACUUGAUGCCGCGGGGAGGUAGGCUGCUGCUGCAGUCCGAUGUCGAGGAGGCAUGUGUGGCCAUGGUGAACAUGUUUGAAAAGUACGCGGGGGAGGACUUCACGCUGGCUCCCCAACACAGCCAGUGUGCCGGUGGCUGGCUUGUGGACAAUCCCGUGGGUACACCCACGGAGAGAGAGCAUUAUGUGGCGCAACAGGGAUUACCCGUGUAUCGGGUGAUGCUGACGAGGGUUUAG